AUGAGAGAGGUGACCAAUGACAGCAUGUGCCCGCCGCGAGCGUUGACCCCGGCGGCCGGGGGUCGCGCGCCAGCCGCGGCGGCUGGGCCCACCCGCGCCCCCGGAGCUACGCUGCAGCCUUCGAUGCCAUAUUUUUUAGAAAACUUCACGCUUAUUAGGCUAUGUCUACAAUCAUUCCGGGUGAUACCGCACUUAUACUGCCACGCCUCAAUCCCGCGGGUGCGCGCGAACCUUAAUUUUUCAAAGCGUCCGCUAGUUAAAUUAAAAGCUAACGUGGCCAGCUUUCGAACUAGGACAGUGUGUUAUGUUAAAUCGUUAUUAGUGAAAACGUUAGUGCAAUUAUUCGUUGUUGCCAAGUGGGUUGUGUGCGGAUCGAGCGGACGGCCGAGGCGCGGCGGGCGCCGAUCGCGGACGCUGCUGGUUCUGUGGCUGAGCGGGCUCGGCUCCUACAGCGAGGGCAGGCGAGACAAUGACCUGCACAUAGGAGGCAUCUUCCCCAUGGAGGGGGAAGGAGGCUGGCAGGGCGGCCAGGCCUGCAUGCCCGCCGCGGAGCUGGCACUCGCCGACGUCAACGCAAGAUCGGAUUUAUUAUCCGGAUUCAAAUUACUUCUGCACAGCAAUGAUAGCAAGUGCGAACCUGGCCUAGGAGCGAGUGUGAUGUACAACCUGCUUUACAACCCGCCCCAGAAGUUGCUGUUACUGGCCGGCUGCUCCACCGUCUGUACGACCGUUGCAGAGGCUGCUAAGAUGUGGAACCUCAUGGUUCUGUGCUACGGUGCCUCAUCGCCGGCGCUCUCGGACCGAGCGCGUUUCCCGACCUUGUUCCGAACGCACCCUUCGGCAACUGUCCACAACCCUACGCGGAUUAAGCUGAUGCAGAAGUUCGGCUGGUCCCGCAUCGCCAUACUGCAACAAGCCGAGGAAGUGUUCAUAUCGACUGUAGAAGAUCUAGAGGCGCACUGCAAAAAAGCCAGCAUAGAGAUCGUGACCAGACAGUCUUUCCUGUCGGACCCUGCCGACGCUGUCAGAAACCUCAGGCGGCAGGACGCCCGCGUGAUCGUGGGCCUGUUCUACGUAGUGGCAGCGAGACGAGUCCUUUGCGAGGUCUACAAACACCGCCUAUAUGGGAAAUCACACGUCUGGUUCUUUAUUGGUUGGUACGAAGACAACUGGUUCGAGACUAAUUUAGAGAGGGAAGGUAUCGACUGUACGGUCGAGCAGAUGCGGGAAGCCGCCGAAGGCCACCUGACCACGGAGGCCCUCAUGUGGAACCAAAACGCCAACCAAACCACCAUCUCCGGCAUGACUUCGGAAGAUUUCAGAUCACGGCUGAACGAAGCUCUUAGGGAGGCGGGUUACGACAUCGACGGCGAGAGAUAUCCCGAGGGUUACCAAGAGGCACCGUUGGCGUACGACGCAGUUUGGGCCGUUGCAUUAGCAUUCAACAAAACGAUGGAGAAAUUGGAGAAGAGUGGACUGAGUCUCAAGAACUUUACUUAUACCAACAAGAAGAUUGCGGACGACAUCUAUGAGGCAAUUAAUUCUACAUCGUUCCUCGGCGUAUCGGGUCUGGUGGCAUUCUCGUCGCAAGGCGAUCGUAUAGCGCUGACACAGAUCGAGCAGCUCACCGACAACCACUACGUGAAGCUCGGCUAUUAUGACACGCAGGCGGACAACUUGACGUGGUUGGACCGGGAACGAUGGGUUGGUGGAAAGGUGCCCCCAGAUCGGACCGUAGUGGUGAAUGAAUUGAGAACGGUUUCCUUGCCGUUGUUCGCUUGUAUGACAGCGCUGUGUUUGGCUGGCAUAUUGGCUGCAAUAGGGCUGAUCAUCUUUAAUAUUAUGCACAGACACAGAAGAGUUAUCCAAUGGUCGCACCCCGCAUGCAAUACCGUGAUGCUUUGUGGCUGUUGUAUUUGCCUUGGCGCCGCAGUGGCGCUGGGUGUUGAUGGCCGCUGGGUGCAGCCGCAGCACUUUCCUGGUCUCUGUGCGGCGAGAGCCUGGCUUCUCGCCACAGGGUUCUCCAUGGCUUAUGGCGCGAUGUUCACCAAAGUCUGGAGAGUACAUCGACACACGACCAAGCCGAAGGUCGAUUCGAAGAAACGGAUGCAUGGCUGGAAGCUAUAUACUAUGGUGGGCGGUCUACUAGCCGUGGACGUGGCAUUACUGACCGCCUGGCAGUUACGGGAUCCCUUACAGAGAACCGUGGAGGUGUUCCCUCUGGAAGCACCGAGACAUCACGACGACGACGUCCACAUUCGACCCGAACUGGAACACUGCGAGAGUGAACACAACGCCGUUUGGCUCGGAGUGAUGUACGGAUACAAAGGAUUGGUGCUAGUGUUCGGUCUGUUCCUGGCAUACGAGACGCGAUCGGUGAAAGUGAGACAGAUAAAUGACUCGCGCUACGUCGGCAUGAGCAUCUACAACGUUGUGGUUCUGUGCCUGAUCACGGCGCCUGUGACGCUGGUAAUCGCGAGCCAGCAGGACGCCGCCUUCACGUUUGUCUCGCUGGCGAUCGUGUUCUGUUGCUUCCUCAGUAUGGCGCUCAUUUUUGUUCCUAAGGUGAUCGAAGUGAUCCGACACCCGACUGAGAGGGCCGAGAGCGGCAGGGGGUCCGGCUCGGGCACCGCCCCCGCCGACGAGGAACGAUACAGGGAACUGGUCAAGGAGAACGAGGAGCUACAGAAACUUAUUGCACAGAAAGAAGAACGGAUCCGGGUGUUGAAACAGAAGCUGGUAGAGCGGGAGGCGGCCGCGGCGGACGGCGGCGUGACGCAAGGUACGGGCGGUGGCGGUGCCGUCUUGGCCGACCUAGCGACCGCCACCUCAGACUAUGGCACGUCCACCAACUACACUCGCUCCUCCCGCGCAUCUGUGUCUGACCUUGAUUUCUCAGAAAGCUACCUCUAAUUAAAUUUGCACAACCUGACUUCCUUUCAAGAAAUAGAUGAUCCUCCUUUUUAAGAAAUAGAUGAACCUCCUUUUUACCUCACUUCGUAAAACGAAGAUGAACCUCCUUCCAAAAAUGAACCUUUGAUUUUUUAUGAAAAUUUAAGAAGCUUUGCCGUG